AUGUCGUCGUUGGAGGAGGAGGUGUCCAAAGAGCAGACCUUCAAAGAGGUUCAGUUCUCCCUCUGCGAAGACGUCUCACAAUAUGAAAAUGUGAAGAAGUUGUUGCUGUCGGGCGGCGCCAAGUUCUUCAACUACUUGUCGGACAAUGUGACUCAUCUGAUCGGUGAUAAUCCGGAUCACCCGUCGGUGUCCGAAGCCGUUGAGAUCUAUGAGAAGCCUGUGGUCACCAGUCGAUGGGUUUGGAUGUCGGCGAAGGCGUCCCUAUUAUUGCCAACGGCCGGCUUUUCCCCAUUUAAGAGCCAAUUGUUCUCGAAUAUCAUCGCCUGUCCGUCCAAUAUAUCGGGCACUGAUGUGCAGUCGUUGUGGGCAAUGAUCACAUACUAUGGCGGCUCGUUUCGGCUCCAAUUGGAGGCCGACUGCACUCAUCUCAUAUCCACUAAACCCGAGGGCCAGAAGUACGAGAAGGCCGUCCACACCAACGAUGCCAUCAAAAUAGUGACACCCGAUUGGGUCAUCGAUUCGGUCAAAAACAAGUCCAUCUGCGACGAAGACCUCUACCACCCGAGGCUUCUCAUCUUCAACAACACUUCCCAGUCGUCCAUACCGUCAGCCAAAGUGGAACUCUCAGACUUUUCCACCCCAUCCGCGGCCCCAAUGGCCACAUCAAUGGCCGUCUCGUCAGCGCCCGCCUCCGUCACCAUUGCCUUCACCACCGUUGCCAACACUACCGCCUCCUCCACAGCACCGCAACUGGCGCUCAGAACUGUGUCACUGCCGACCACAGCAAUGAUCACCACUUUUUCGAUCGCACCGCCCCUUCAGUCCAGUCCCACCGCCGUUCAGGGCGGACGCGUUCGCGUGUUUCUGCCGCCGCAGCAAAUGAGACUCAUGCAGAUGAAGCAGAACCAGAUCCGCCAACUCAGCGCUGGUGGCGGACCCACAAUGGUUGCCCCCACACAACAGCAAGUGAUGAACAUUCAGCAAAUGAUUCAACAACAACAACGACAGGCCCACCCCUUACCGCCCCAACAGCAACAACAGCUGCCGCAGCAACAGUUGCAACACGUAUUAGAUCCCAAUUCAAUGGAUCCCAACCAUCAGCAGCCGCCACAGCAACAGACACUACAACAACAACCGCCGCAACAGUGGAAUAUAAAUCAACAAUUUAUGGCACAAACGUCCCAACAAACCGGUGCUCCCGUUAGCCAACAGCAGCCAAUUCAAGUCAUAUCAUCGCAGGGCGCGGGACCCGAGUUGACAAAACUGCGGCCAAUCAACGCGACCGGCGGUCAACAGCCGCGUCAGGUCUAUCUGGCGGUUCAGCAACAGAGGCCCCAACACUUCAUACAAGUGUCACAACAGCAACAGUCCCAACAACAGAGACCGCAAUCAAACAUUAUUAUACAACAGAGAGGGCCCACACCCGGGAGCGUGCAAUCCGUGCGACUACAACAGGCGCCCCAACACCUCAUUCAACUCCAACAGCGACACCCGGGGCCGUACGUCCGCACCACUCAACAGCACAUUAUCAUUCAACAGCAGAACCAACAGGCGAUCCAACGGCAACUCCAACUACAACAACAAGGGCUUCAGCCCAAUCAAUCGAUGCCAAACCAACUGCAAGGCCAGCAAACGGGUGUCAUCGGUCACCCGCAGGUUCAGCAGCGCAUGACUGCGGCCCGAAUACCUCAACAGUUCCUACAGCAGAAUCAGAUGCGCGGACAACAAAUUCGCGUCGUGUCUGUUGUAAGUGUCUCUUCGGCCAAUACAGAUAGUGUUCCGUCGGCGGCGACUACAGCGGCCGCGACGGCCGUCCGCACUGCCGCUCAAAUACCGCAUACCAUAAGCCCUAUGAUAGCCACCCUCUCGAACAUCCAAACCAUACCAAAUGCCAGUACAGUCUGUGUGUCAGCACAAGUAAGCCCUACCAUAAGCACUAUCACCAACACUACUACUCUAAGUACUGCUACUUCUUCUGGUCCACAACCGAACACCACUUGUUGUGUCACUUCUCCUGUAGUAAACCCUAAAACUAAGACAGCUUUAGCUAAUUUGCUUAAUAACCGGCUCCAAAGUGGGGGCAAUAAUACCGGUGUCAGCACCAGAGGUGAAGGCGGAUCGACCACUACUCCCACUGAAGUCUAUUCUCCUACUGUUUGCUCGGUUUCGGGUUCUCUAUCUCUUUCCUCCUCUACUACUUCUCUGCCCAACAAUAAGACAGGUCUCGGUUUUAUCGGAUCUCCCGGUGUGGCAAUGCCGUCGGGCGCUGAGAUGGGCCAACACUUGCGCGCUGUGGGAGCGAUGGUGGGCGACGACCCGUCGGCGUCGCACCACAAUCACGCUCAGCAACAGUUGAUGCAAAUCCGGUACUUCGGGGUCGACUCGAAAGUGCCGAUACCUCGCGAACAGUGUCUCUUGGGUUGUGUUUUUCAUUUGUUCGGCUUUGAGGCUCUCGUCGAACACAAAAUACUCGAUUUGUGGGUCAAAAAGUUGAUUAAAUUUGGCGCAGAAGUCGAGCGCCAGUAUAGUAGCGCCAAAUGCACUCAUGUCUUGUGCGACAACACUCACCAUCCCUUCAUCAAAGAGUGCUUACGGGAAGGGAAGCGUUGUGUGACUCCUUAUUGGCUCAACGAUGUGGUGUCGGACAAGAAGUUGUUGCCGCCGACGAAGAUCUAUCACUUGCCGCACUCAUUCAAUGAGACGAAGCCAUGCAAACAACACAUCAUAACAAUGACUAACUUUGAAGGCGAGGAACGCUUGAGAAUAAAAGAGAUGAUUCUUAAGACGGGCGCCAAAUACACAUCAUAUUUGUCCCAAAAGAAUACGAUUAUUAUUUGCAAACGACUCGAAGGCGAAAAGUAUCGCAAAUCGGUUGAGUGGCGACUGGCGAUCGUUAACACGGUUUGGCUGCACGACAUCCUCUUCGGUCAGAUGGAAGCGUUACAGUUGUCGAGCAUUCAUAAGAAGUACCAGAACUUUGACUUAAAAGAUGCGCUCCGUAUCGAACACCAAACCGUUCAGCUAUUGAUGAAUGCGUGGCGACAACCCAUUCGUCUCACCGAAGACUUUAUAAGCCCGGUUAGUAUCAAAGAGGAGUCCAUAUCCAACACAUCGUUGAUCACAACGAACAACAACUCGUUGCCCGCACUUCAGACGCCAAAUCCCGUGGAAGUGGUGAAGAAUAUACGGAUAAUGUUUACGUCGAUUCGCGACAAUAAUCGACACGAAUUACGUGCCGUUGUGUUAGCCCUCGGCGGACGCCUUACCUCAGUGGCCAACGAUGUCACACAUCUGGUCACCGACCGAAUGGUACGAACCGUAAAGUUCUUGUGCGCAUUCGGUUCGUGCAAACACAUAGUGACCUCCGAAUGGCUCAUCGAAUCGGGUAAACAAAAUCGAUUUGUCGACGAAAACGACUACCGAUUGUGCGAUUCGACGGCCGAAAAGCAUUUCGGCUUCUGUUUGGAGCACUCGUUCAACAUUAGAAACCCACAGCUCUUCAAGAGUUACGUCUUCUACAUAACCAACGGUUGUAUUCCAUCACCAAAAGUGCUCAAAGAGGUUAUCGAGUGUACCGGCGGUCAAGCGGUGACCAGUAGACGGCCGACGAAGCGACAGAUGAAACACAUGCGAGAGAAUGGCCUCAAAUUCAUAGUCAUUACGUGCGAAAAUGAUAUCCAUUUGUGUGAUCUAUUCUUCACCCGCAAAGUCGAUGUAUUGAAUGUUGAGUUUGUUUUGUCCGGAAUUCUCAAACAAGAGCUCGACUUUGAUUUAUAUGGUUUCAAACAAAAUAUAUUUAAAGAGUAAUUAAAUUAAGUGAAAAAAAUACUAAUAAAGAGAAAAAACAUAUUAAAUUAAAUAUAAAAUGAAUUAAACAAA